GCCUGCCCAGCAUGGCUCACUCAAACGUUUGGUUCAGCCACCCUCGCAAAUACGGAAAAGGAUCUCGCACAUGCCGCGUCUGUGGUAACUACGGAGGUAUCAUCCGCAAAUACGGUCUCGACAUCUGCCGUCAAUGCUUCCGCGAAAAGUCUGACGCUAUCGGUUUCGUCAAGUACCGUUAAG